GCCCGAGCUAGCGCCAAGAGUAGCGAAUGAUAUUUUAUGCCGAGAUGCGAUAACGCCGGGAUCAAGUGGAAAAAACAGCCCAAAAUUCCAGCCCUUCGGACUUGUCAGUCGUCUCGGUUUCCUCAUCAGUGUGGCGCGUGCACCUUCCACCAUGCAUUUGUCCCGUCGACGCCUGUGCUCCUCUAUCCCGCGGGACACUUCGGGGGCAGACCACCCCAUUCGGUCUGCGGAGCUUCCUGUGACGCCCAAAUGCAAAAUGCGCCUCCGAACCUGAAACCGACGCUACCCUGAAAAGGCCGCGUUGACGACAAUUCGCGUUUGGCGGGAACCUUUUUGACGUUUGUCAUGCUCACGCCGAAGGCAGGCCGUGGUGCGAACUUUGCAGAGCUCGCUGCGGGCAGUCGGCGGAGCAAGAGAAGAGGCAGAACGACUUCUGUGUGUAGCCACGCUGCUCUCACAAGAUGUUGUGGAGGACAUUCGGUGCGAUGUGGCCGACCAAAUACCGCACCUGGCCCUCGCGUGUCACACCGCCCACGAACCGGAUGGCCGCACUUUGGACCCGCUCAUCUCGUCGCACAUCCUGCCCAUCAUCACCACCCUGCUCGGAGACCCCAACAAGAUGAUCCACAAAACGGCGCAGGGUGCCCUCUUGGCCCUGCUCGAACAGGGCCUGCUGCCGUCCAGGGUGGUUGAGGAGAAGUUAGUGCCGCUGGUAGUUUCAUGGUGCUCCGUCGAUGACGCAGAGCUCAACACUAGUGCGAUUGGGUUAAUGACAAAGAUGGCAUGUGUGAUAGGACGAGAUUCAACAAUUCAUCAUUUCCUCCAACCUUUUACUGAGCUAUGUGAAGAUUCUCAAUUAUAUGUACGAAAAGUCUGUGCCACAAAUUUUGGUGACUUUGCGGCUGUUUUUGGACCAAUCAAGACUGAAGAAAUGCUGUUAGUCAGCUUUUUGCACCUGUGCCAAGACAAUGAAUGGGCUGUUCGCAAAGCGUGUGCAGAGGUUUUCACCACAGUGUCCCACGCAGUCACCCUCAGCAAGCGAAAGUCCACUUUGGCAUCUACCUUUCAUCAACUUCUUCGCGACGAGUCAAGGUGGGUGCAAGUGGCUUCAUUCCAGUCACUUGGGUCCUUCAUUGCUACAUUCAGUGGUCAAGACGUCGCAAGUCACGAUCACCAGGUGCUGCUGGACACCGAGGGUGUGGUUUUGGCUUUGCGAGCCGAGGCCAAUUGCAAGUCAAUGAUGCUCUACGCCCCUCGCAACGAAACCCUGAACCUUGUAGGACACGACGAAGAAGAAAUUGACACAGGGGAAGAUGAGAUAAUAGAACAUGCUGAAGAGGUGUCGGAGGAGGAGGAAGAGGAAGCCGCAAAGGCUGAGCAGCUCAAGGAAGCCAGCAAUACUGCGAAUCUGCUGCUUAACUCGAUCGCCUCAGAGGUCGAGAACAUGAAACUGACAGAGAAAAGGCCUGUGGACUCUGAGGAAAGCUUCAAUACCUUUCAGUUCUGGCGCACUCCACUGCCUGAACUGGGCUUAUCAAAAAAUCUGAUGCCGCCGCCUCUGCCCACAACAGACCCCCCUUCCCUUAGAAACUGUGGUUUCUAUAAUAAUAACAUUACACCACCUUUAUCACCAUUGGUUUCACUCAUGCCCGAUCAUCUCGAAAAUCAAGCUCGUCCUCUGGUUACCAGUAUUGACUCAGAUUUUCAUGAAGGAAGUGCAGACCAAGAUUCAUUUGAAAGGGUAUCACACUGUGAAGGUUUCAAGCAAGAAAUCGUUCCACCCAUGUUAAUCAACCACUUCGUUUACAUGGCCACACCUUUGGCCCGAACAGUGGACAACGAGAUUUCCCAUCAUUGCGCCUUUAGCCUGCCAGCAGUUGUUCUUACACUUGGUAGGAACAACUGGCCUCUGCUCCGCAAAACUUAUCAGAGUCUUGCGUUGGAUAUGCAGUGGAAGGUGCGCAGGACAAUGGCUUCGAGCAUCCACGAAAUUGCGGCAAUUUUGGGCGAAGACCUUGCAUCAACAGACUUAAUGCCCAUAUUUAUGGAGUUUGUUAAAGACCUUGACGAAGUUCGCAUUGGCGUCCUUAAACACCUUACUAGUUUUUUAAAGAUUUUACGGCAUGAUGAGUGUGAAAAAUUUUUACCUGAACUGUCUCGCCUUCUGCAAAUGGACCAUCACACGAACUGGAGGUACAGGGAGGAAUUGGCCACUCAGCUUAUUGGUGUUCUUGACUUGUGUACACCGGAACAUGCUCGCUCCCAUGUGGCCCCAAUUGCUUUGGCUCUCCUGGAUGACCGGGUUGCUGCUGUCCGAGAGGCCGCUUUGCCCUUGGUUGCUAAAGUUACUGCUACUCUAAGUGAAGAACAAGAACUGCUUGACAGACUGCUCGCUCGAUAUCAAGAACUGUAUGUGGCCACUGAGAGGUGGAUGCGCCGGCAGAGUUUGUCUCUGUUGUGUGGACACCUCAUUCGACUUCCCAACCCUCCCAUCAAACCAGAGAUUUUUGCCACCCGCAUUCUGCCCAUGCUGGAGCAUCUUGCCAAGGACUCUGUUCCCAAUGUUCGACUAGCAGUUGCAAAGUCUAUCAGCCAAGAUGUUCUCGCACAUCCCUACUUUGCUGUGAAUGGUGCUGGUUUCGACCUGGUUGAAGGUAUCCUCCAUGAUCUGCAGUUGGACAGAGACAAAGACGUGCGGUACUUUUCUGGCGGAAUGCUUGAAACAUCUUACGAGCUCACAAGCAUGAUGCCUCUUAGUGAAGAUUCGACCAUCGACCAAAAAGACGAUCAGGAACACAAGUGCUGGACUGAAGUCAACAGUUGAGUGCUCAUCAAACCUAGGAAUAAUUGUCUCAAAAAGGGAAUGUUUCGUCUGUAGUUUUUUUUUU